CUUGAGAUGCAAAUGCCAACCCUGGGCUCGUUUUCCUUGCUGCUUCUCUCCCUCUUUUCCCGCUGAUGGAACCAUGUGUAUCCCGGCGCCUCGUCUACUCUGCAUCAUUUCCACUCCGACAUCAUCUUCUCUUCCAUCCAGCCGGUAGACGGACACGGCGGCUUUCCACCCUUACCAUUGCAGGCAGAAACGCUCCAUCUUAUUGCUACGAUCCUGCAAGACCGCGACAGCUACGGGUGGAAAACCCACUGCUCGCUUCACAUUUACUUCUGCAGCAUUGUUCGAAGAGAUUUUAUUCUAGACUUUUCAAGAAGAGCCACGCCGAUUCGACCACGAUGACAACCACCGUCGAGCUUGCCUCUGUGCCUUCGGCCGAUACUCCAGGCACCUGCAUCUACCUGCAUCAUGACAAGCGCUCGUACGUGUUUGGUCGCGUCUCAGAGGGAACCCAGCGAGCGUUUGGAAGCCGCAAAAUCCACAUGGGAGGGACAGAACACGUCUUUCUCAGCGGCAGUGUCAACUGGGAGCAGCUCGGUGGCCUCUGCGGCUACCUGCUCAGCGUCGGCGGAGCCAUUGAGUCAGCCAAGGAGUUUACGACACAGGAAAACGCCAAGAGAGAACAGAAGGGCCAGAAGCUGUUGAAUAAGACUCUUCAUGCUGGAAUUGCAGUGCACGGCGCGGACAAUUUGUGCCACACGCUGGCGGCAUGUCGGCCAGUCAUCUUUCGACAGCCGAUUUGCGUGCGCACCUACGAGCACAGGACAGAUCCCCGAGCACAAGAUGCGACAAACCUCGAGCCAGAUUGGUCGGACGAUGCGAUCAAGGUCUGGAAGAUUCCUGUACGGAGAGCGCGAUCAAGCAGCCCCCGAAAACGAAGACGCAGCAGCCAGGCGCAAGAUGGGAACUCGGCCAAGGAUACGUCCUCAGAGGAAGACUCCUUCCAACCACGAGCAUCUACAUCCGACCCCGAGGUAGCGAGUGCAAUUGUCGAGAGGAUCAUGUUCAAUGGCAGCCUGAAGAACAGGUCUGUUCUGGUACCGAAGAAGAUACGAGAUCUCAAGCCUACGGAUAAGGCUGCCAUCAUAGAAAAUAGCAAUAUCAGGUUAUACAAGGGCCCAUACGCUGCUGAUGGUGUCGAGUUACCAAAUCCGGACGAUACUGUGUGGCAUUUCCCUGAGCUUGGCGAGAUUGGUGUGGAUGAUAGAAGCGACAACACUCUCGCAAUUAACCACUUCCCUCUUCCUCGGACAACAUACGGCGAGACUUCUAUGAGCUACAUCAUCAAAGCACAUGACCGUAGAGGAAAAUUCAAUGCCCCAGUGGCGAAAUCCCUCGGAGUUAAACCUCAAGACUUUAAGCUGCUGACUGCUGGCCAGAGCGUUCAGGGGAAGGAUGGCCUUGUAACGCCUGAAAUGGUUCUAGGAGAGACUCAGCGGGGAAGAGGUCUCAUUGUAGCGGACAUUGGCAGCCAAGAUUUUAUUGAAUCGUUUAUGGAGCGACCUGAGUGGAAGAAUACAGAGUUAAUGGACAAUAUUGCCGUCAUGUAUUGGAUCGUGGGCCCAGACGCGACUUAUGACCAACGAAUUCAGCAGUUUAUCCGCCAACACCCCAACAUCAAGCACAUUUUAUGCACACAAGAUUCAUGUCCCAACAUGAUCACGCACCCUGGCGCAGCGACUAUCCAGACUAAGCUGCGCCGAAUCGAUCCUGAACGGUUCCCUCUCCUCAAGUUCGAAAACACCGUUCGAUAUCCCGCCCCUCCAGAAGGCUCUUCGAUUGAGCUGGGACGAGCCGGACACAAAUAUCAGCUCAUGCCACGCCUCGUAUUCGAUGAUCAAGCUAUCGCUCCGUUCCCGGAUCUAGUGGAGGCGCAUGAGUCGGUCGACGACGAAGUUCUCAAGAUGGCUGAGGCGGCUCAUGCUGAGGCUACAGACCCUGCCUUCGUGGCACGGAUUGAGGAACAGGAGCUUGAUAUCCCGAACAGAGACGCAGAAAUCAUUCCUCUUGGAACAGGGUCAUCUGUGCCUAGCAAGUACAGAAAUGUCUCUGCUACGCUUAUUCGAGUUCCCGGAAUCGGAAACUACCUGCUCGACUGCGGUGAGGGAACUCUGGGCCAGAUUCGACGUCUCUUUGACGCUGAGGAAGCGGCAGAUAUCCUGCGUAAUAUGCGAUGCAUCGUCAUCAGCCACGUCCAUGCAGACCACCACAUGGGCACUCCUUCGCUCAUCAAGGCAUGGUAUGAGCAAACUCUGAAAGACAACAGCAACGCUACGCUCGCAAUAUCUUGUAUUGGACGUUAUCGGGUCCUGCUAGAGGAGUUGUCCCAGAUCGAAGAUAUUGGGUUCCAUAGAUUGCGAUUCCCUAGCUGCCCCUUUCCUAAGGAGAAGGAUCGCGACUUGACCACCAAGGAAGACCUCGGCGAGGAGAACUUUGGCCUGGCAUCCAUCAAGCGCGUACCCGUCCCCCACUGCUGGCGUUCCUUUGGAACCCAGUUGGAGCUCACAUCCGGUCUCAAAAUCGCCUACUCAGGCGACUGCCGUCCCUCGAAGCUCUUCGCCCAGGAAUGCCGCGGCGCGCACCUCCUUAUCCACGAGUGCACCUUUGGCGACGACAAGCAGGACCACGCAAAGGCUAAGAAGCAUAGCACCAUGGGCGAGGCGCUCGGUGUAGCGCGCGAGAUGCAGGCCCGACGGACGCUGCUGACGCAUUUCUCGCAGCGGUACUCCAAAUCGGACUCGUUGAAGAGGGGUCGUGUCGAGGGGGUCGAGCAUGAUGUGCUGCUAGCGUUUGACUUUAUGGCCGUGAAGUUGGGAGAUUUCCAGAAGGCGGCGUGUUACUUGCCUUCGGUGCAGCGGUUUAUGGAGAAGCUGGCGGAUUAAUUUUGUGUUAAAAGCAUGUAUUAUUAUGAUGAUGGAUGAUGGAUGUGCCACUACUCCCCCCUUUUUUAGUAAUAUAGAUAUUAGACAUGGGAAAUUGAAUAUAGAGUAAGGCAUGCCAAGUUGAAUCAAAGACUUU